AUUGAUAUUUUGUUUGCAAGACUAGCACUGCAGACUAUUCCAGAAGACUUGGACUUACGAGAUGACAGUCUGCUUAAGAAUUUAGAUAUAAGAUGCAUAAGAAGUCUUAACGGUUGCAGGGUAACCGAUGAAAUUUUACAUCUAGUACCAAACAUUGACAACUUCAGGUUAACUCUGAGAGCUAUCAAACUGUGGGCCAAACGCCACAACAUCUAUUCCAAUAUAUUAGGUUUCCUCGGUGGUGUUUCCUGGGCUAUGCUAGUAGCAAGAACUUGCCAGCUUUAUCCAAAUGCAAUAGCAUCAACUCUUGUACAUAAAUUUUUCUUGGUAUUUUCUAAAUGGGAAUGGCCAAAUCCAGUGCUAUUGAAACAGCCUGAAGAAUGCAAUCUUAAUUUGCCUGUAUGGGACCCAAGGGUAAACCCCAGUGAUAGGUACCAUCUUAUGCCUAUAAUUACACCAGCAUACCCACAACAGAACUCCACGUACAAUGUGUCCGUUUCAACACGGAUGGUCAUGGUUGAGGAGUUUAAACAAGGUCUUGCUAUCACAGAUGAAAUUUUGCUGAGUAAGGCAGAGUGGUCCAAACUUUUUGAAGCUCCAAACUUCUUUCAAAAGUACAAGCAUUAUAUUGUACUUCUAGCAAGUGCACCAACAGAAAAACAACGCCUAGAAUGGGUGGGCUUGGUGGAGUCAAAAAUCCGAAUCCUGGUUGGAAGUUUGGAGAAGAAUGAAUUUAUUACACUGGCUCAUGUGAAUCCCCAGUCAUUUCCAGCACCCAAAGAAAAUCCUGACAAGGAAGAAUUUCGCACGAUGUGGGUGAUUGGGUUAGUGUUUAAAAAAACAGAAAACUCUGAAAAUCUCAGUGUUGAUCUCACCUAUGAUAUUCAGUCUUUCACAGAUACAGUUUAUAGGCAAGCAAUAAACAGCAAGAUGUUUGAGGUGGACAUGAAAAUUGCUGCAAUGCAUGUAAAAAGAAAGCAACUCCAUCAACUACUACCUAAUCAUGUUCUUCAGAAAAAGAAAAAGCAUUCAACAGAAGGUGUCAGAUUGACGCCUCUGAAUGACAGCAGCCUCGACUUGUCUAUGGACAGUGAUAACAGCAUGUCUGUGCCUUCACCUACUAGUGCUAUGAAGACCAGUCCAUUGAACAGUUCUGGCAGCUCUCAGGGGUAA